ACCUUUACUCUAUGGCACUAUAUGGAGUAGGUUAAAUAUAGGCCAUACCAUUGAUUGUUUGCACUUUCUCUCUGCUGAGACCAAUAAAUACCUAUAUUACUUGUUUUUAUAACAGAACCUCUCUCUUCUUCUCCGAGAAGAACGAAUGUGCAGUAAUGGAUGUUACAACUGAGAAUAUUUGAUUUGAGUCGUGUUUGGAGAAUGUGACGGCUGAUUUUUUAUGCAGAUUUGUACACAAUAGGGGGGGCCACUUCUUUUGGUCCCGCCCCCUUUCCUCCAUACUAACACAACACACACACACACAUUUUUUAUAUAUAAAAAAUGCCACCACCAGCACAAGGAAAACGAAACAAUAAAUCGCUUUCGUAUUUAUAUAAAUCAAGCUUACCUUCUCUAACUGAAUUAUUUCCCGAUUGGAGUCAAGAGGACUUGAUAUUCGUCAUGGAUGAAUGUCAAGGCGACUUACAUGUUGCCAUUGCCAGAAUAUCAGAAGGUAUAGUUUGCUUUUGCUUGUAGUCAAGUUAAUUUUCUAUUAAUGCACCCUUUUUAAAAAGGUCAUGCAAGCCAAUGGGGUCAAGUCAAGUCCAAAAAACCCAAACCUAAGAAACCCACCAUCAAAGCAGGUACCUUCACUUUCUUUGUCCUUCCUCUCCCUUUUUCGCUUUGUUAACCUUAUUUAUAGACACUCCACGCGCUGCCAAACAAAGUAAACCACCGUUUAAAAAAAGAGCCCAUGUAUUGUGUCUUAAUCUUUUUUUUUUUUUUUUUUUUUUU